AUGAGGAGUCUGCUGGCACCAUUGAUCUUGGCUCUGGCCCUGGCAGUUCUUUGCUGUUGUGAAAAAGAUUCCAAAGCACCCUCUGGAUCUCCCAGUGCUGACAGCAUCAAGAUUAAAAAGGAAGUUGCCAAUGCCUUUGUGAGAAGGCAGAAGAGAUCCAGUGUGUAUGAAUGGUACUUUGAGUAUUAUAAAAGCCCAAUGGAGCAGAUGCGUGAACGUUGUGAAAAUUAUCAGCCUUGUGACAUUCUUUCUGAACAAAUAGGAUUUCCCAUGGCCUACAACUAUUACUUUGGGAGAUACUAA